GCGGGCACACGGAAGGCAGUGUGCAGCCGGCCUCGUCCAGGCGAGCUGCUCUCCGCGAACCUCCCACCAUGGCGUCCGCACGCCUGCUGGCCUUCCUCCUCCUCAGCCGCCUCGCAGGUCCGGUUAGUAUGGAGGUGCAAGUGACCAUCCCGAAUAGUGAUGUGAAUGUGACUGCUGGAUCUGAUGUCACCCUGAUCUGCACCUACACCACCACUGUGGCCUCCCUGGACAAGCUCACCAUCCAGUGGUCUCUCUUCAAGGAACCGCACCCCAUUUCUAUUUACUACUCUGAAGGCGGACAAGCUUCAGUCGCUGAGCAAUUUAAAAAUCGAAUUGUUGGGUCCUCCCAACCAGGAAAUGCAUCUAUCACCAUUUCUAACAUGCAGCCAGCUGAUGCUGGGACUUACAUCUGCGAUGUCAACAACCCUCCAGAUGUCAUCGGCCAAAAUCAAGGCACCAUCGCUGUCCAUGUGUUAGUCAAACCGUCGAAGCCCUUUUGCAGCAUUCAGGGCACACCAGAAACCGGCAGUCUGAUUUCUCUUUCUUGCCACUCCACGAUCGGAACACCCAGCCCAAUGUACCGCUGGAAUAAAGUGGAGGGGAGAGACAUCUUUCCAGUGAAGGAAGCCUUCAACCCAGCCACCGGGGUUUUAGUUAUUCAAAAUCUGAGCAAUUUUGAAAAAGGCUAUUACCAAUGCACAGCCUUCAACAGCCUGGGUAAUGGUUCCUGCGAAAUUGACCUAACAUCUUCACGUCAUGAAAUGGGGAUCAUUGUUGGUGCCGUGGUGGGGAGCUUGGCGGGCGCUGCCAUUCUCACCAUUGCUGUGUGUGUCGCAAGGAGCAAGGCCAAGGGAAAGAGGCGGAAUUCGAGAGUUACCACCACCGAGCUGGAACCGAUGACCAAGAUAAACCCAAGUAUGGAUUAUGAGAUGAUGCCACAGGAGGAAGCCAUCCAGAUAGAAGCUGCGCUGCCACCUCCCAUCCUUGUAUCUAGCCGUGAAAUUGUCCUGGAGCGAGAGCGUAAGCCUGCCACGCUGCAGCUUACCCAGGAGUCUGAUGUGGGCCCUAAACCUGUGCUAAUCCUUGAGCCGGUGCCAGUGCCGGAGCCAGAGCCCGAGCACAAUCCCAACCCUGAGCCUGAGUCCAACCCUGAGCCUAAGCCUGAGUCCGAGCCUGACCAUAAGCCCGAGCCCAAGCCCGAGCUCGAGUCUGACCCUGAGCCCGACUCCGACCCUGAGCCUGAGUCCGACCCUGAGCCUGAGCCCGAGUCCGACCCUGAGCCCGAUCCUGAGCUGGAGUCCAACCAUGAGCCCGAGCCCGAGCCCGAGCCCGAGCCCGAGCCCGAGCCCGAGGCUGAGCCCGAGCCCGAGGUGGUGCUGGAGCUGGAGCCUGUGGUUGUCAUUGAGCCCCUCUGUGUGGAGGAGCCCCUCUGCGAGGAGGAGAUUAGGCCUGUGCUUUAAGAUAGGGUGAGUUGCUAAGGAACCCACGACUGGAAUUCAGUUGGCAUAAGCAACCCACCCCCACCUCCCUCCAUUCUAAACCAUUUUCUUUUAAUUGUGUUCAAAAUAUACCAAAUAAUAAAUUCAAAGGUUCCUGCAUUAUCAGUAUUAAGAACACUAACUUGACAAGUGGGUGAGUAAUUUGACGGUUAAAAGGUUUGCAACCGUGCUUGGCAAUAUAUUCCAGACUUCUCCAAUUUGGGCUACUCUUUCUUCACCAUGGACACUUCACAUGGACAUUUGACAAGGUAUCAUCAAAUAGAUUCAAUAUUGUUUCCAUAUUUAGCGGUCAGGGUUACCCUAACCAUUUUUAAAUUGAACACUAGGCGAAUGCAUCGGCAUUCUCUCACAGACUAGGGAAAAUAUGCAUACAUAUAUAUGUAUCUAGUAUAAAUGUAUACACACACACACACACACACCUUUGACACUUCAAGAGAAGAUAACAUUAUCAUUGUGUCUAAUGCAAUCCACUUUGGAAGGACCAGAUCAGGAAAAUGUUCUAGAUGAAUUAAGAUCUGCUCUAGACAAUGCCAAUGAACAAAUCUGCUACAUUUCAUGUUCCUUAUAUACAUGCUGAAGUCACUAAAAUGCAUUGAAAGAACCUCAUCUUCACCCAUUAAAAGAUUUUUUGGUUGACCACCCCCCCCCCAUCACAUUCACUUUCUUGUUUGUGUAAACAAGCAGUUUCAUAUUAAGGCUCAAUAAAUAAAAUUCAUGUUCAUGA